GACGUUCGAAGAUUUUUAUUUGUUUCUUGUUUGCCUGAGAAAAUUUAAACAUAUUUACUAAAGCUCCGCUAAAACUGUUGGAUGCCGUUGUUAAAUCUUAUUACAUGGUCAAAUUUAUAUAGAACAAUACAUGCUUUGUUUCUGGCUAGGAGACAAAACGGUCGAUGGCUUAGCGUGUGGCAUAUGUGUAUAAAUGAGCGUGGACGGUCAGUGGACAGCAACAGUCGAGUUCUACACAGCGGUGACAUAACUAGAAGCACAAGAAAGGAUUACAUAAACAAUUAUACAAAAUGAGGACAUUUGUUGUUGUAUUUGCACUCAUCGCACUCAUAGCGCCUGGUCAAGCGACUUUCGGUAAAUUGGCGCUGCUCGCGGGCGUAAGCGGUGGUGUUGGUGAUGGCAAUUACGGUCCUAGCUAUGGUCCUGGUUAUGGUGGUGGCUACGGUGGUGGCUACGGCGGUGGCUACGGCAGAGGCUAUGGUAGCGGCUAUGGUUACGGCAGUGGUUAUAAUAGCGGUUAUGGUGGCUACGGCAUUACGCCAUACUCAAAUAGUCGCGAAAAUAUCGUCAAAGUGAUAAAGGUGUCUGUGGUGCCCGGUGGCAGCUACGGUGGUGGUUACAAUACUGGUGGUUACAGCACUGGUGGUUAUGGCUAUGGCGGUGGCGUUUACAAUGGUGGUUAUGCGAGUGGUGGUGUAGGCUACCCUACAUUAGCUACUUCGGCGGUUGUAACGCCUGUUGUGACAGCCGUCUCAACGCCAAUUCCUGCUCCGGUCUCAUAUGGCGCCACCUAUGGAAACGGUUAUGGCUAUGGCGGCGGUGUUGGUCUGGGCUACGGUGGUGUUGUUGGUGGUGGUGCAAUUGGCGGCGGCAGUAUUGGUGGUUUGGGGCCUUUGGGUCCAGAAGGCUGGUCAUCUAAUAUUUUCCGUCUCAUUACUCGGUUUAAAUUCGAUACGAUCAACCAUUAUAUAAUUGACUGCGGAACGAUGAAAUUGUGCUUGAUAAUUGCGGUUUGUGUCCUGGCCACACUGGCGCCACCCACACAUGCGCUCCUGGGCGCCAAGUUGGCCCUCUUGGGUUUGGGUAGAAAUCUAAUCGGCGGCGGCGAUGGUGGCAACAGCGGCGGUAGCGGUGGCGGUUAUGGUGGCGGUUAUGGCAGCGGCAACUACAAUGGUGGCUACUACGCCCAGCAGAACCGUCCCGUUUACAAUGGCGGUUACGGUGGCGGCUAUGGUGGCGGUUAUGGUUAUGGACGUCAGUCAUAUGCUGGCAACUACAAUUACGGUGGUUACAGCAACGGCGGUGGUUACAGCAACGGCGGUGGUUACAGCAACGGUGGUGGUUACAGCGGUGGGGAUGGCGGGGAACAAGUUGUGCGCAUCAUCAAAGUCAUUGUACCCAAUGAGAACGUGGGCACUUCAUCGAAUUAUGCCAGUGGUUACACAAGUGGGGGUUACACUAGUGGCGGUUACUCAAGUGGGGGUUCCUCUAGUGGUGGUUACUCCACUGGUGGUUGGACUCCGAUUCCAGCUCCGACACGUGCAGUAGUACAAGCCGCGCCAGCGCCAGCACCCGUCCAAACUACUUAUUACUCAGCGCCCGCACCACAACCUGUUGUACAAGUAGCUUCGGCACCGGCACCAGCACCUCAGCCCAUCCAAUAUACAACAAAUGUUGCCCCGACUUAUGAAUACAGACAGUCUGCGCCACAGUCCAUUCCAAUUCAGAUCCAAGCACCACCAGCUCCCGUGCCCGUGCAAGUACCCGUUCAACCCACUUACAUUUCGGCACCUGCACCACGUCCCGUCGUUCGCGUAAUCCCGGCACCACAACCCGUACAAGUCUAUCAACCACCCACAGUUGUGCUGCAGCCACCUGCACCACAGCCCAUUGCUCCACCUGCCCAAUCAGCGGAAAUCGUGAAAACCAUCAAGAUUAUCGUCGAUGAGAAUAGUAACGGACAGCAAGGCGAUUAUAAUGGCGUCCCAGCUCAAAGCUAUGGUCCACCACCACCACAACCUCUACCACAGCCCCUUCCACAGCCGGCGCAACAAGCUGGUUGGAGUAGCAGCAGCAGUUCGUCGACUGGUUGGAAUAAUGGCUACAAGAGCGGUGGUAUCUGGGAGAAGAUUGGUUGUUAG